AUGAAGCUCACUGGUGCUCUCGUGUUGCUUGGGGCUGCCCUGCUCCUGACUUCAGGGGGAAAUUGUGGCAUUUGCCCUGCUUUGAAGGAGGACAGUGCUCUUUUUCUUGGCCCGUCUGUGCCUGACUAUGUGGAAUUUGUGAGCCAGUACAGGAACGAGUCUGCCGUAUUGAAAAAUGCUGAAAAUCUGAAGAUAUGUGUUGAUAACAAGCUGACAGAGGAAGACAAGGCAAAUGUGCAGAGUUUGAUGGAUAAAAUAGAUGCUAACCCUCUCUGUUGA